CCGGCUUCCCCAGAAAAGACGCGCCAUUCUACAAAACCCUCCUUGGCAGCCUAGCAACCACAAAUCACUCUAUCCUUACUAUCCUUAUCGGCAUCCGUCACCACAUUUCGAUUUGAUCGCCCGCGCGUUGCGCACGAGCACCCUACGAUUUGCACGAGGCGUCCAGUCCGUGACGCAUUGGAUCUGUGAUCCAGGAUCAGGGAUUGGGGGAAAUACUUGGGGUUCUUAGACGAUGUCAUCGACGCCGACGCCUUUGCCUGUUUCGGCGCCUGACAUGAUGGCCCAACAGAAGGCGGAAAACGCGCUUGCUCAGUCUGGGACAUCGAAGUCGAAUUACAAGGGUUUUGUGGCGGGCGUUUUUUCAGGCAUUGCGAAGCUCAGUGUUGGCCAUCCAUUCGACACCAUUAAGGUUCGCCUACAAACUAGCAAAGAUGUGCAGUUCCGAGGACCGCUGGAUUGCACGUUGCAGACUUUGCGAAAGGAAGGAUUACAAGGGUUUUAUAAGGGAGCUACACCGCCGCUGGUCGGAUGGAUGGUGAUGGACUCUGUGAUGCUGGGCUCAUUGACUCUAUAUCGCCGAUUAUUACUCGAGAAUGUCUUCUCGAAACCUCACAUCCGCCCUUACCUCCCCUUCUCGCGCUACCAGCCAGACCUCGCAAUCCUUCCUAGUUUCGGACAUGGUAUUGCAGGUAUCAUGGCCGGUACAACGGUCAGCUUUAUCGCAGCCCCAGUAGAGCAUGUGAAGGCACGCCUGCAAGUGCAAUACGCCGCCGACAAAUCGAAGCGCAUGUACAGCGGGCCCAUCGACUGCCUGCGCAAGAUGGUUCGCACGCAUGGUGUCAGCGGCCUAUACCGCGGCCUCUGGGCGACGGUCUUCUUCCGCUCCUUUUUCUUCUUCUGGUGGGGCUCCUAUGACGUCCUCACUCGCUACUUCAAAAAGAACACUACGUUGUCUGCCCCGGCGAUCAAUUUCUGGGCCGGUGGCAUCUCCGCCCAAUGCUUCUGGCUCACUUCCUACCCGUCCGAUGUCGUUAAGCAGCGACUUAUGACUGACCCCAUGGGUGGUGCGCUAAAUGACGGCAAGCGACAGUUCCGCGGCUGGAAGGACGCUGCAGUCGCCGUAUGGCGUGAACGUGGGUGGAGAGGGUACUGGCGGGGCUUCGUUCCAUGCUUCCUUAGGGCAUUCCCGGCGAAUGCAAUGGCUCUGGUUGCGUUCGAAGGCGUGAUGCGUACCUUGCCCUAACUCCAUGAUGGUCUACACGAACCCCAAAUGAUUGCAUAUAUACCGAAGUCUCAUGGCUAGAUAAUUAUUUAGAAGAACAUACCCAUUGUUUUAUG